AUGCAUCCUGGAGAAAAGUAUAGGCCAUACACGCCUAUGGACCUGAAGGACCGCCAAUGGCCUUCCAAAGUGUGCCGUGAGGCACCUAUAUGGCUGUCGACCGACUUGCGCGACGGAAACCAGGCGCUAGCGAAUCCCAUGACCGAAGAGCAAAAGCUCCUUUUUUUCAAAAAAUUGGUCGAGACCGGUUUCAAAGAGAUUGAGGUAGCAUUCCCCUCUGCGAGCGACACUGACUUUGGCUUUGUACGUCGCAUCAUCGAAUCUGGACUUGUUCCGGACGACGUAUGGCUCCAAGUCCUCACGCCCGCGCGCGAGGAACUGAUUCGUCGCACGUUUGCGUCCGUCCAAGGCGCCAAGAAUGUCAUCAUCCAUAUGUACAACGCUACAAGCCCCCUGUUUCGUGAGGUCGUGUUUGGCAACGAUCAGGCGAGCACCACAGAACUCGCCGUACGCCACACCAAACUGGUCCGCGAGCUUGUGGACUUUUACAGCAAGCCAGAAAACGGCGGUACGACGUUCCGCUACGAGUACUCCCCUGAGACCUUUACUCAGACAGAGCCAGACUAUUCCAUCGAGAUCUGUGAGGCGGUCAUGGAUGCGUACGGCAAAGCGUCGCCUGACCACAAGAUCAUCUUUAACCUCCCUGCGACCGUCGAGAUUGGGCCGCCCAACCACUACGCAGACAUGAUUGAAUACUUCUGCCGCAACGUCAAGAACCGGGACUCUAUUACUAUUUCGCUUCAUCCGCACAAUGACCGUGGUACAGGCAUUGCUGCCACCGAGAUGGGCUUGCUUGCAGGUGGCGACCGCGUAGAGGGAUGUCUUUUUGGCAAUGGCGAGCGGACGGGGAAUGUCGACCUAGUCACCCUUGCCGUGAAUCUCUACUCGCAGGGUGUGGAGCCAGGCCCAAUAGACCUGAGCGACCUGCCGUCUAUUAUCGACGUCGUCACCUCGUGCAACGAUCUUCCUGUCCACCCGCGCCACCCGUACGCCGGUGAGCUUGUCAUGACUGCAUUCAGUGGCUCGCACCAGGACGCGAUUAAAAAAGGCUUUGCCGCACAGGACAAGCGCCGUGCCGAAGGCGAUCUUACGUGGAGCAUGCCCUACCUGCCCGUCGACCCCCAAGACCUUGGCUUGGACUACGAAGCGGUGAUUCGUGUAAAUAGCCAGAGCGGCAAGGGCGGUGUCUCCUAUCUGCUCAACCAGGAUUUGGGCGUGGAUCUGCCGCGCAGGAUGCAGGUUGCAUUUUACCAAAUCGUUCAGGCCGUCGCGGACGAGACGAGCCGCGAGAUUUCCACCGAGGAUAUUACCCUCGUCUUUUGCAAAACGUACCAUGUGCCGCUCGCCGCGCUCGGCAAGAACGAGGGUGCGUUUGCACUGCGCAGCUUUUCCCUCAAAGAUGCGCAAGAACACGUGAAUGGCCAUACGAACGGCAUAAGCACACCAGCGCGCGACGUCACCUUCAACGGCAAGAUUGCGCACAAUGGCAAGGUGGUCGACGUUGUCGGCGCGGGCAACGGCGCCAUCUCUGCGCUGCUCGACGGCGUAGAGAAGACGUUUUCCAUCUCGGUCAAUGUCCGCGAGUACAGCGAGCAUGCUAUGAAAAAGACAAGCAAUGCGAUUCAAAUUGGCUCGCGAUCGGACAGUGGGCGCGGACAAACGCGCGGGCACGCGGCGUCGUACGUCGAAUUGGUGCGCAACGACGACAGUGAAAAAAACGGUACGAGCAAGGUGCGUGGCUUCUGGGGCGUUGGCAUCGAUGUCGAUAUUACUGCCUCCAGUCUCAAGGCUGUGCUCAGUGCGCUUUCGAACGUAGUGUCGCACUGA